CACUCUCAUCUGACUGCGAGGCAGACGGAGCUCCACCGUCAAACUCACCAAAUCUGCAUCAUCCGUCCUCAAAGUAAAACACUGGGGCAUUUGCUGCUCCUGGUUCACUUUUUUUUAUCGUUUGGUUAUUUUUUUUUUUUUUUUUGCACAGUGUUAAUGUGCGUGUGUGAGUGAGUGUGUUGUAGUUUUUGAGCAUGCAAGGCAACGGUCGUCACCGAAACAAGGAGUUAAUAAGAACAUGGACAAGUCGGCAACUAUUUUUUUACAAAUGCACUUUAUAUUUAUUCGUCCUGAGUCUGGAACUGAGGAGCAGCGUUACGGAGCCGCUGGACUCUGACGACUUUGCUUUCUACCAUGAGGGCGUCCAGCGGUGCUUGGGGGUGCAGGAUCACUCCCUCGUCCCGUCAACCGCCUGCGAGGAAAGCAACCAGCGCUGGAAGUGGGUGACGCGAGGUCGCCUGUUCAACGUGGGCUCCUCGCUGUGCCUGGGGAUGACCACUGGGAACCUCACCUCCAGGAGGGACAAGUCUCCUCUGGGUGUAUUCACCUGUGACCGGGAGCCCCCCAGAGUGCGCUGGACCUGGAACUGUGGUCAGGUGUUGGACACCCUGAACAACUACCUUCCCAUUCCCUCAAUUUGGAACUCCACCACAACCCCCUCACCUUCAAAACUGAAAUGGACACUACAUGGAGGUUUGGAGGACCUGUGCUCAAAAACAUACCGUGAGAUCUAUACAGUCCAGGGGAACUCUCAUGGGCGCCCGUGCUAUCUGCCCUUCCUCUAUGACGGCCAGUGGUUUCACAACUGCACGAGUAUCGGGCGUGAGGAUGGUCACCUCUGGUGUGCCACCACCUUUGACUACGGCAAGGACGAGCGCUGGGGCUUCUGUCCUGUGAAGAGCAGUGGCUGCGAAACCUUCUGGGAUACUGACCCCCUGACAGACAGCUGCUACCAGUUUAACUUCCAGGCUACGCUGUCAUGGAGCGAGGCUCGGAUCAGUUGCCAGCAGCAGGGGGCAGACCUGCUUAGCAUCACCAAGCUGCAUGAGCAGACGUACAUCAACGGUUUACUGACAGGCUACACUGCUGCUUUGUGGAUUGGCCUCAAUGACCUGGACAUCAAUGGAGGCUGGCAGUGGGCCGACACCUCCCCACUCAAAUAUCUCAACUGGGAGCCAGAGCAGCCAAAUCAUGCUGAGGAGGAGAACUGCGCUGUGAUCCGAACUGAGUCAUCGGGUCGUUGGCAGAACCGGGAUUGUUCUGUCGCUCUGCCGUAUGUCUGUAAAAAGAGGCCAAAUGCUACCCUUGACCCCUUCACUACUGACUCGUGGGCAGAUGAUGAGAAGUAUGAUUGUGAUGUGGGCUGGCAGGCCUUUCAGGCCGGCUGCUAUAAGCUGACUUCAGAGAAGUUAGACUGGGACACUGCUCAGAAAACCUGUCAGAAGAUGGAGGCAAACCUGGUCAGCAUCCACACCCUACCCGAGCUGGAGUUCAUCCUGCACAACGUGAAGAGAGAUGUCGACCAGCUGUGGAUUGGGCUCCAUGACACUGAUAUGCAAAUGGACUUCCAAUGGACCGACCACACGCCCGUCAUCUUCACCUACUGGCACCCAUUUGAACCCAACAACUUCCGCAACACCCCGGAAGAUUGUGUCUCUGUCUGGGGGGGUGAGGGCCGCUGGGAUGACAGCCCCUGUAACCUGACUAUGCCCUCCAUCUGUAAGAAACUGGGAACAAAGAGUGAUGGGAAGCCACGGCAUCAAGACUGCAAAAAAGGCUGGAAGUGGCACAGCCCAGCCUGUUACUGGGUGGGAGAGGAUCUGCUUACCUUCAAUGAGGCCAGGAAAUCCUGCGAGGACCAGGGAGCCACCCUUGUUACCAUUACCAACAGGUUUGAGCAGGCCUUCGCCAACAGCCUGGUGUUCGGUCGCGCGGGUGAUUCCUUCUGGAUCGGCCUUCUGGACGAGGGCAGCCACGGCUCUUUCCACUGGCUCAGCGGGGACGAAGUAUCCUACACCAAUUGGAACCGAGACCAGCCAGUCAGUGUCGAUGGUGGCUGUGUUUCCAUGGCGACAGGCUUUGCAACGGGUCUGUGGGAGGUGAAAGCGUGUGCGUCAUCGAAGGCAAAAUUCAUCUGCCGUCAGAACCAGGACACGUCUCUUAGCCCUGAGCCCCCGGUCCCUCAGCCCACCCCGAGCCUCAGCGGCUCCUGUCCCAGCAGCUGGAAGAGCAACAGCAACCUGCGCUACUGUUACAAGGUGUUUCACUCGUCCCAGCUGGAGCAGAGGCUGAGCUGGCUGCAGGCUCACCUCUUCUGCAAGAGACACGGAGCCGACCUGCUGAGCGUCAGCGGCCCUGACGAGGAGCACUAUGUCCUACAAGUCCUCCAUGAGGCCUUUGGGGAGUCAGAGGACCAUGAGCAGCUCUGGUUUUGGAUCGGACUGAACCGCAGAAACCCCAUGGACAACGGCAGCUGGAAGUGGAGCGAUGGGCUGUCUUUAACGUACCAGAACUUUGGCAGAUACUACUACAACAUCCGACAAUGUGCUGCAGCAGAUUUGGGCACUAUGACCUGGCUGGCUAUGCACUGUGAUUCUGACUUAGACUGGAUCUGCAAAAUCCCCAGAGGUAGUGUUGAGAAGGAACCAGAAGUCUCUGAAGGCACCAGUUCACCAGAGUGGAUUGGCUUCCAGGAGGCUGAGUAUAAAUUUUUUGACCAACGCAACACUUGGGAUCAGGCCCAAAGGAUUUGCUCCUGGUUUGAUUCUUCGCUGGCCUCCGUCCACUCGGCUGAGGAGGAGGCUUUCCUGGCCAACACUUUACGCAAGAUGGCGAGGGUGGAGGGUGACAACUGGUGGCUGGGGCUGCACACCUAUGAAAACGAUGGCCGCUUCCGCUGGUCCGACCACUCUGUGCUCAAUUACGUGUCCUGGGCCCUCGGGAGGCCACACGCACUCAGUCGUGAUCGCAAAUGUGUCCACUUGUCGGUCAGCAAAGCGGACUGGUCUGAUCAGAAGUGCCACUCUGACCUGCCCUACAUCUGUAAGAGAGUCAAUGUCACAGGCACCAUUCCUCCAACUCCAUCAGUCCCCCACCUUCCAUCAGGCUGUCCUGAUGGAUGGUCUUCCUAUCAGCACAAGUGUUUCAGAGUGUUUGAUCAGCCUGACCGGGUCACAUGGUCAGCAGCCAAGUUGAAAUGUGAACUGCAGGGCGGAGUGCUGGCAGUGGUGUCCAAUUAUCUGGAGGAAGCAUUUGUCACCACCCUGCUCUACAACACCACUUCUGACCUUUGGGUUGGUCUGACCUCAGACUCCAAAGGUCAUUUCCAGUGGGCCCAGCCUGGCCUGCUCAGCUACACCAACUGGGCUCCUGGAGAGCCUCUUGACAACAGCGGACCACACUACAACAAGACCCGGGGAAACUGUGUGGUGAUGAUUCAUGGGAAUCCGCAGAAGAACACUGGCAUGUGGGCUUCCCGAGCGUGUGAGAUGGAGAGCCAUGGCUACAUCUGUCAAAGGGGACAAGACUCAGCUCUCCCUCCGGCCCCACCUUUCAUCCCUGCCUCUCUGUCAAAGCCUGUGGAGCUGGGUGGAGUGACUUACCGAGUUGUGGAGAAGCGUCUUGACUGGACGGGCGCUCUGCACCUCUGUGAAUCUCUGAAUGGGACCUUGGCCACAGUGAAGGAUCCAUAUCAGCAGGCUCACCUGACACUGCUGAUCAACAGCCUGCGGCGGCCUGCCUGGAUCGCUCUCUACAACUAUGGAGGACGGAGCUUCACCUGGAUGGGCGAAGAAGAGGUGUCAUAUUCAAACUGGAAAGAUGGGGAGCCCAAUCAAUCAGCUGGAUGUGGUCACAUGACCACUACUGGGCAAUGGACUAUGACUCCCUGCGAUGCAAAACUGGAGACUGCUAUCUGUCAAAUAAGUGAGGAGCCCGUGGUUCACCAGUGGAUUUACCCUGGCCAGUGUCCACACUCUCUGGGAGAGUGGGCGUGGGUGCCAUUCAGAAACCACUGUUAUGCCUUCAACCUGCAAAGGCUUAAACUGCAGCAGGAUGCACGUGUGUCCUGUAACAAAGUGGGAGCAGAGCUUCUGUCUAUCCUGGAUGAGACCGAAAAUGGUUUUGUAUGGGAGCACAUCCAGAGCUAUGCAGAACAGGCACAGGGAGCUUGGCUGGGCAUCAGUGUGAGAGGUAGAGGUUUGGUGUGGAGCGAGGACACAGAGAUGAUGUACACAAACUGGGAGGGGCAUGACGUCGCCUCUUCUGUCUUGUCCCCAAACUCCUGCUUCUGGAUCCAGAGCAACAGCGGCCUGUGGAAGCCGGGCUCCUGCAGAAAUCGCACACACGGAGUCAUCUGCAAACAGCCUCGCAGUGCUGAAACCUCGGCUUCAACAUCGGAUGUUGACCACCUGCCCACUCUGAUUGUUGUCAUGGUGACGGGGCUGGUGCUGGUGGCGCUGAUUGUCGGUGUGAUCUACCUGUACCGUCGGCGAACUGUUGGGUCUGGGGGUUCCUAUGAAGGGGCCCGCUACAGCCGGACCAAUUCCAGCCUGGCUGAGCAGACUGAGAAGAACAUCCUGGUGUCGGAUAUGGAGCUGAACGAGCAGUCAGAGUAACAAAUGAAAACAAUAAAAACAAUCGAACCUGGACUGACCCCUAACCAGCACAGGAGAGGCCGACUCUGAUACACAUUAAUGGCAUUUAUGUUUUUGUUGUCUCUUUUGAAACCAAAAAAAAAAGAAGAUUUUUUGAAGUGCUGAAGAGCUGUGUAGAGCGCAGCAGAGUUUUUAAAUUGAAUCCCUGCAGUCUCAGUCUUCCUAGGAAAAGACUUAACAAUUCUACCAAUUUUUCUGCAUGUGAAACAGAUCCCUCGAUAUGCACAUCUUUCCUUAAAAGUUUUUCAUUAAGGCCAUGAAUUGAUCAAUUUUUAUCGCAGCUGGAAAGGUCCAACACAAUAUCAGUUUUGUGUAAUGACUCGUUCCUAUCUUCCUCGGUGCCAAAUUGAACUUCUGCUUGUUGUUUAUUUCCUUUCUUGUUCCCAAGUGAUUGGAAGACUUACAAAGCAGUGAAGAGCUGUCACAGCCACAAGUUGACUCUUAAACAUGCACCUCUGUCCUCUACAAACACAGCCACAGUCUUCUUCAGGAAAAGAAAUUUGGUUCUAUUUUUUUUUUUCAUUCUUUUUUUUUUUUUGCCAUGGCAGUAUUUACUUAAACUUGAGUUGUCGUUUCAUUAUUUCAUUAAGGUUCAUUUCUUUCUCGAUGGUUUGUCGUCUUUCGUGCAGCUGUAGAGAACUGUUACUGAUGAUGCAUGUGUGGUUUUUGUUCUCCUGCCUCGCUCCUCUUCUCUCAUCGGACACGUCAGCACCAGCUGGAAGUCGAGCAGACGAGGAGGAGGAAGUCCUAAUGUGAAUGUGUGGAAGGUAACAGGGACCAUUAUUACUGGUGACCUUAAACCAUCUGAGGCAGAACGUUAGAUAUGCUACAACUUUGCACAUUACUAAGUUCUGUAGGGAACUUUUUAUAGAAGUCAGUCUUUUGUAGAAGAGAUUUUUAGUCUCAUUUUGACUUCCUGGUAAAACACAGGUAAACAAAUACAAUAAAUAGGAUGUCUUUUUGGUACUGCAGGGCUUCAAUAGCUCUGCGUACACUUUGGUACUUAUUAUUUUUCAGCUUGUUCAGCAUAAGUAAUCGCCUUUCUUUUAGUCGUUUUUGUUAAGGUACAGUUACUUCUCUGCGAUUCCAAACCUCUGUUUGUGCUGGCUCUAUAUGCCAACAUCUGGAGCUGAUUCAUCACUUUUUAAGUACAAUAAUUCUCUUGGCGUGCACUAUGAAAGGUUUUUCUGUCCGUUUGUCUGUUUCACAUGGAGCACAGUUCUUUAUGUUUUGUCACUGAGAUGUGUUGUCUUUUUAAUGAUGCAGGUUUCAUUGUGUUUCAGCCUAAAUAUCUUUCAAAGAAACUAUCCUAAUUUUAUGGGAUAUUUGCAAACACUUGAACCUCUCAUUGCCCACAAAGGAAAACAUCCCUCAUGUGAAUGACUGUGUUGUAUAUAUUAGAGCCAAAGACUGUUUUAAGAGAAAUCGUUAAAAAAAAAACAAAAAAAAAACAAAAAAACUCAUUCAGUUCUUUUUCUAUGUCAUUUCCCGAUUUCCCAUUUGCGCAGUGAAACGACCACAUUUUUGUCAUUUUGUCAUUUUACAUUCGUCUCCUCAAACAUUUUCUUUUCCCCUCAGCUCUCUAAACGCAUUUCUGUCUUCCUGCACAGAGGAAUGCUUUGGAGCUGUGUCAGUCUGAGGCUUUGGGGGUUUCACUGAGCUGCUGUGAAAAAAAAAACCACCCUGCUUUUUCUGCUCCAUGAGUUGGACUAAGAUAGAGGGGGAAGGGAGGAGGAGAGGGAGUAAUGAGAAGUGUGUUUUUGAAUGUGUGUGUGUCUGAGUGUGUGCAGUAUCCAGCUGUGGAAUGUUGAGUCGGCAAGAAGAGCUCAGUGGCACGUCUGGAACCAAUCAGAGAAGCAGGGCUCAGGGACAUGAAGGGUCAGAAGGAGGAUUGAAAGAAAGAAAAACUAGACGAAAGGGAAAAAGGAGUGCAAGGAGGAGUCAAGGAUGUUGGAAGAGAGGAAGGAGGAGUGUUAGGGGUGAAGUGGAUUGUCUCAGGCUUACCCUGGCCUCUGCUGGUGGUAUACUGUACAGGUUCGUCUUAAAUGUGGUAGAUGUGAACUGUAGCAAAGGGUCUGACGGCCCCUCAGUGUGUACAUCUGUGAGAUCAUGUUUAUGAUGCAGGCUGGCUCUCAUCCCUGUGAAGAUUACCUGAAGCACCUGUUCAACUUUUUGAACUUUUUUUUGUGUAAUUUUUAUAUGAAAUGAAUAAAGUCUAUGUUCUCAGA